UAUUCCGAAUUUCCGACCUUCCUCUUCCUCGCACACUUGCUUAAUUUGUAAGCGCCACUGUCACUUUCCGCAGAAGAACCCUAAACCUCACCCUCCUCUCCGAAACUCCAUCAAUGGCAGAAAUGGCGGUCAUUACAGUUGGUGGAAAAGGUUCCUCUCUCUCCCCAGCCUCAGUUUUCUUAGUAGCGAACAAGCUUGCUCAGGUACGCAUCGAUUCUUCCAUUCUCGAGAAAUUAUCAUCUUCAUCGAACAAUAAUGCUUCUCCCUCAAUCAAUUAUCUCAUCGAAUUUCCCCAAUUCCUAACCCUAGAAGAAAUUAGAGCUUCCUCUAUUCUCCUCUUGUCGAAACUCUUGCUCUCUAGCUCCCCAAUUCGAGCUGAAAUCCCCGAUUUGAUUUGCCAAACCCUAAAUUCAGAAUCGACGUCUUUAUGUUUUGAUCCGAUUAAUGUAACUGAAGAGGAAAAAUGUGUGUUGGAUUCUUGUUUGUCUGUAUCUGUAUUAGAUGGUGUUUCUGCGUUAUUGGAUUAUGGAGCUUCGUGUUUGUCCCCUGUGUCGGAGACGAUGGCGGCUUUGUCGUGUGAGGCGUCAAAGGCAAAUGUGUCGGCUUUUAACUUGGUUGAUUCUGGGGAUGGGAAGUGUGUGAAGGAUGAAGCUGGUGUUGCUAGUGAUCUUAAAGUUUUCCUUAAUGGAUCCAAAUUGACUGGUAAGGUUGAAUUGGAUGCUGUUUCGAGUGUUCCGGAAAUUUACGGGAGUUUCAGGGCUGCUGUGAGAGUUUUGCAUUCCAUGGUGAGGGUAAAGAUUAACUCGGCGAUGAAGGGUGGGAUAGGUGGAGCAGGGAAAGCAUGGGAACCAGUUUGGAUGUCUUUGGCAUCUACAAUUCGGAAUCUGGGUAUCAGUGGUUUGAUUCGUGCAGAUUUGAAUGUUAGGUCAAUCGGUAGUGAAGGGAUACAAUCAAGUUUGAAACGUCUAGUUGAUGAGAAGUGUCCUACUGAACAGAAAUUAGAAGAUGCUUAUGCAUCAGCCUCGAAAGCUGCUUGUGAGAAGGAAUAUGUCCAGUUAGUGCAUAAUGUCAAUAACUUGUUUGGCUUGGUAAUGACAGUGGUAUCUUGGGAGAUGAUAACUUCCAUUGUUUCGUUGGAGGGAAGUGAAUUGCUUGAUAAGAAUGAGGUUGUUGCUGUUAGUGCAGAAAAUGUGAAAGUAGCUAAGAAGAGUGAGAAAAAGAAGAAGGUAUCGGGUAAGGGGACAAUGGUUGUUCUGCAACUUAUUAGAGAUAGACUGCAGGGUGUUUUAGUGGAUGGAGCUGAUGUUUUUACUAACUUGCAAAAAUUAGCUGAUAAUAUUUGCUCAUUUUUGGAUCCCAAGGUUCCUGCUUUUGGUGAUUUCUUAGAGAAGAUAAAAGAAAUUGUGGAAAGCAAUGAAAGCAGAAGACUCCCAAAGAUCCCAAAGGGCACACGUGAUUUUGCUAAAGAACAGAUGACAGUGAGAGAUAAAGCCUUUUCAAUAAUAACAGAAAUUUUCAAGAGGCACGGUGCAAUGGCACUGGAUACUCCAGUUUUUGAAUUAAGAGAGACUUUGAUGGGAAAAUAUGGAGAGGACUCAAAAUUGAUUUAUGAUCUGGCUGAUCAGGGAGGAGAACUCUGUUCUUUGCGAUAUGACUUGACUGUUCCAUUUGCUCGACAUGUGGCAAUGAAUAGUCUUACAUCAUUCAAAAGAUACCAAAUUGCUAAAGUUUACAGAAGGGACAACCCGUCUAAGGGAAGAUAUCGUGAAUUUUAUCAAUGUGAUUUUGACAUUGCUGGCCAGUUUGAGAAGAUGGGGCCUGAUUUUGAGGUGGUUAAAAUUUUGACUGAGCUUCUUGACGAAUUGAACAUUGGAGACUAUGAGGUAAAGUUGAAUCAUCGCAAGUUGCUAGAUGGAAUGUUAGAUAUUUGCGGAGUUCCUGCGGAAAAAUUCAGAACAAUAUGUUCUAGUAUUGACAAGUUAGACAAGCAGUCAUUUGAGCAAGUGAAAAAGGAGAUGGUGGAGGAAAAAGGGUUACUCGCAGAGACAGCUGACAAGAUUGGUAGUUUUGUGAAAGAAAGGGGAUCUCCUCUGGAGCUACUAUUGAAGCUUAAACAGGAAGGAAGCGAGCUUUUUAAACAUGAAGGUUCAGCCCUUGCUUUGGGUGAAUUGGAUCUUUUAUUUAAACUUUUGGAGAAAUCGAAGUGCGUAAAUAAAAUAGUUUUCGACCUAAGUCUUGCAAGAGGUCUUGAUUACUACACUGGGGUGAUAUUUGAAGCUGUCUUCAAAGGAACCACACAGGUUGGAUCAAUAGCUGCUGGUGGGCGCUACGACAAUCUUAUCGGCAUGUUUGGUUCUAAGCAGGUUCCUUCAGUUGGUGCCAGUCUGGGAAUAGAACGUGUAUUUGCGAUAAUGGAGCAAAAUCAGAAAGAUCAAAAUCAGGUAGUACGGGCUAACGAAACCCAGGUUUUGGUGGGUGUAGUCUCGCGACCUGGCAAAAGUGUUGAUGACGACUUGAUUUUAGCAGCUGAAUUGGUUAAUGAACUGUGGCUUGCCAAAAUCAAAGCAGAAUAUACGACUGUCAAAAAGGUUUUCAAAAUCUUUGAGCGUGCAGAGUCAUCGGGGAUCCCUUUUGCCGUCAUGGUCGGAGUGCGUGACCUAAAAGACGGGUUUGUCAAAGUGAGGGAUGUCAAGACCAAGACAGAGGAGGAAAUUCCUGUGGAUAAAAUGGUUGAGGAGCUUCAAAAACGAUUAGGGACAUCAUCAUCUUGAAAUAUCAGUAGUUUGGAGAGUUCUUGCCUGUUUGUUCUCAGUUUGGCUUAAUUCAGCAAGAGAUUGUGGUCAGUCAUUUUUGUUUUAUAGAAGGCAUUUUGGGAUAUUAUUAAUUCUUCAUACAUCAGUUUAAGGGUAUUACAAAUUACAAAUGGGACGGAAGGAUUCGAACUUUGUUUUUUUUUACAAGGUAAGAAAAAUGAAUUUAGGAGUUUGAACAACGAGGGAUAAAUCUGAACUAUUACAAGGAUCAAUAUACAUGCUAGUAGAGGCUAAAUAUCCUACA